UUCUAUAGUCUGUUCAUAUUAAUUUUGACAUAUAACUGAAGUCAUAGUAAUAAAAAAUCAAUUGAUUUAAAUUACUUUUUAUAAAAAAUAUCUAUUUGAGAAUGACUAGUAGCCAGUAUUACUUUUUUUAAUUAAACUUUCAUUCCGAUGUUAAAUAAAAUUUUAUUAAUAAGCCAUCGGCAUCAAAAAUGUGAGUGAAUGUAGCAAAUUAAUCGGCGUGUAUACUUUUAUUAUAUAUGUUCAUAUACGCAUAUGACCGCGCGUUAGUACUAGUAAGUACGUUAAAACAAUGUUGAGAAAUAGUAGUAUUGAAUGUGAUUUAUAAUUCCAACUCAUUCAAAAGCAUAUUUGUAUCUUUUUAACAAUAUAAUGACUAUUUCGGCCAGAGAAAAAUUAAGUGUUUUUUAUUAAGAAAUCAUUAGAAAACAUACUCAUGUUGCUGUGAGAAAUAAUAUCUGUACAUACUUUGUUUACUUUGGAGUUAACUGUAUAUCGCAAACUACAUAACACAAUCUAAAUUUUCAUCUUGCACAAAUUGGAAAAAUAAUAUUGUUAGUAAAUUCGCGGAUUGUAUGCAUUUUACUAUAUCGUAUGCACAAUCACGCGAAUUUGAUAAGUUUAUAUGAGUUGUAAUGGAAAUGCUAAAACAAUUACAAAUGGGGAUGAGAGCUUUCCUUCUAAUGGCUUCACGUGUAUGGACCUGUAUCUGCUUUCUACUCAAGAAGCAGGUUAGAGCCAUUUCACAGAUGCAACCAGUAAAAUAUGAAAUUUUUCCAUUGUCACCUUUAUCAAAGCACAGACUCAGUAUAGUUAAGAGAAAAAUUCUAGUAUUAGAUUUAGAUGAAACAUUGAUACAUUCGCAUCAUGAUGGAGUAGCCCGGCCCACAGUGAGACCUGGAACACCUCCUGAUUUUGUCCUUAAGGUUACAAUAGACCGGCAUCCUGUAAGAUUUUUCGUUCAUAAAAGACCUCAUGUUGACUUUUUCUUGGAUAUUGUAAGUCAAUGGUACGAGUUGGUGGUGUUUACUGCAUCAAUGGAGAUUUAUGGAGCGGCAGUGGCUGAUAAGUUAGAUAAUAAUAGAGGUAUUUUAAGACGCAGGUAUUACAGACAACACUGCACUCCUGAAAUGGGUUCCUAUACAAAAGAUCUUGCAGCUAUAUGUUCUGAUUUAACAUCAGUUUUUAUACUUGAUAAUAGUCCUGGUGCUUACCGAGCUUACCCACACAAUGCAAUCCCCAUUAAAUCAUGGUUCAGUGAUGCGGGAGAUACGGCAUUGUUAAGCUUACUUCCAGUUCUUGAUGCGUUACGAUUCACACAAGAUGUUCGCUCUGUAUUAUCAAGAAAUUUACAUUUACCUCACAGCAGUAGUUGGUAGCGACCGCGCGAUACAAGUUUCAUUUUGCUCCAGUGACAUUUCAAAAUAAGUAAAUUUCAUCUUUAUUAUCAUUAACCUUCAGGCAAUGUGGGUAUGUGCAUACGUGAUAGAUUGAAAAGACUACAAGAAAAUUAAGUAUUGUUAUUUCGUAUAACAAAAUGUUUGUGAAGAAUGAUAAUAAUAAUAGUUAAAAUCCAAUGUAAAAGACGAAAAAAUCAGAAAUUUCAAUACCUAGGUCAGAUGUAAUUAGAUAAAAGUUUUGUCAGCUAUUAAAACAAUUGUUUAAUUGAAUUGUAAAUAAUGUAAAGAGUAAUAAUACAUAUAUUGAAAUGUGCGAAUUAACCAAAGAGCAUAAAACCACCAAUCAUAACUGCGUAUACAUAUACAUAUACAAUCAAGUUGAUGUGAUAAAACUGAACACUAGCUAGUGCUGAGUUUUAUUAUAUUACUUUGUAUAUGUAUAUAUUUCUUAUGAAUGUAUAUAUAAUAAAUAUAUAUUUUCGUUGUAGAGUUUUUUAACAAAAAUAGUGUGAAGAGUGAUUUUACGUUAUUGAGAAAUGUUACUUUUUCCUUUGCUGACUUAUGAAUAAUAGUUUUAAGUACAGAGAUUGUGUGAAUUACAGCAAUGACAUUGUAUACGUGAAGAUGAGCGAAUGAUUAGAACCUGUAUACAUUGAAAUGACAAAGAAGUAUAACUGAGCUUCAAUUAAUCAUGACCAUAAACGGUUUGUUGUAUCAGCCAGCUACAAAAAUUAAGAUAAAAUAAAAUUUCAAAUAAUUAUAAACAUAAAAA